AUGGCAGUUCCCCGGCUCCCACUGGUGCUGCUCCUACUGCUGUCCUUAGCCCUGGGAUCUGCUGGACAAGAAGGUCUCCAUCCAGCCCAGGAUACCGGGGAGAGGAUCAUUAAUGGAAUUCAAUGUCCAAGAGCCUCCCAACCCUGGCAGGUGGCUCUGUACCAAAACAAUCUGUUCCUGUGUGCAGGCGUGCUGGUCCACAAGAAAUGGGUGCUCACUGUCGCCGACUGCUACUCGAGAUUGUACACUGUGCAAAUGGGCACUAAUCUUCUAGUCGAUGGAAAUGCCCAGAAGAUCAGGGCCACAGAGUUCUUCACCCACCCCCAGUAUGACGUAACCACAAACGUUCAUAACAUCAUGCUGGUGAAGCUGAGCAGCCCGGCCAAUCUCUCGUCCACCGUGAGGAUAAUCAAGUUGCCCUCCAGCUGCAAACAGCCUGGCACCACUUGUACUGUCUCUGGCUGGGGCAGCACCACCAUGGAUGGAGCAGUGAAAAACCCAUCAGCGCUCAUGUGCUCGAAUGUCAGAAUGAUCCCCUACAAUGACUGCAAGAAGGUUUACCCGACCCUGUUGAGGAAAUACACCAUCUGUGCUGCUCCCCCCAGAAGAUCCUCCUUCGCCUGCAAAGGUGACUCCGGGAGUCCGCUGAUUUGCCAAGGUUCCCUGCAAGGCCUGGUGUCCUCGGAUUAUUUCCCAUGUCGUCCACCCUUCGACCCCAUCAUCUACACGCGUGUAUGCAAGUACAGAAAAUGGAUAUAUGAAACCAUAAUAAAAAAUUUCUAAUCUCUCCAACCCUAUGCCCUGAACAGGAAAUUCAUAGAAAUAAAGACAUCCAUGACUUGCA